AUGGAUUCGGACGUUGAAAAACUAGUGAAACAUUGCCGAGGGUGUACUCUGGUGGCAGCACCUGAACGACCUGAACCAAUGCUCCGCAGCGAACUACCGAUGGCGCCAUGGGUAACCAUUGCUUUGGAUUUCCUGGGACCGUUACCGGAAGGGCAAUACUUGCUGGUCGUCAUCGACUGUUACAGUCGUUUUAUGGAAGUGUGUGAAAUGACGAGCAUCACAGCAAAAGACGUCAUUAGAGAAUUGUCUGUAAUGUUCAGUCGAUACGGUAUUCCAAAUGUGCUGAAGGCAGAUAAUGCCCCACAACUCAGUUCGGAAUGUAUUGAGUUUAAAGAAUUUUGCAAUGCAAAUGGAACUAAACUAAGUAAUACCAUACCAUAUUGGCCACAAUCGAACGGCGAAGUGGAGAGACAAAACCGGUCAAUUCUUAAACGUUUACGAAUCGCCCAAGAGCUAGGGCAGGAUUGGAGAAAAGAGCUGUCCAGCUACUUAUUAACGUAUCAUUCAACGAAGCAUACUACGACUGGAAAAUCUCCCGGUGAACUUAUGUUCGGCCGAAAAAUCAAGAGCAAGUUACCAACAAUAUCAACAUUUCUCGAAGACGACAGUGUACGUGAAAAGGAUCGAUUAAUCAAGGAGAAAGGGAAGCUAUAUAGUGACAAAAGGCGAGGAGCAAAAGAAAGUGAAUUGGAAGUUGGAGAUCGAGUGUUGGCGAAACGAAUGAAGAAGAGCAAUAAACUUGAUACUGAUUAUGCUGAUGAAGAUUUCAUUGUGGUGAAGAAAACGGGAACGGAUACGAUUGUCAAAUCUACGAAUUCUGGCAAAGAAUACCGACGGAGUUCGGCUCAUUUGAAAAGAGUACUGAAUCCAGAAGACUCCUCAGUUUUGACACCGUUGGAAGAAGCAGUAUCAGAAGAUCCAAUUGAAGGGUGCAGCAGCGAGACAAGACUCAAACAAUCUACGAGGACAAGACAAGCACCAGUUAAAUUUAAAGAUUUUGUAUCGCACUAA